CCUCCCCCACCCUUCAUCCGGCUCCUUUGACUGGCGCCUGAGCCUUCUCUCCAGCCCAGAAACCUUACUCCCGCCCCAUGGUGUGGCCCCAGCCUUAGCUCAGGGCUCUUUGUCACAGCUCCGCCCACUUUGGGCACACCCUCCAGGAAAGAUUCCCUGUUUCUUCCCCACUCACUCUGGGUCUAAGCUGACCGAGAUGAACCAUCGAGAAGCCAAGGUCCCCCCAGCUGGCCGUUGUUACCCAUCUCUAGGAAUGUGGGCCUCAGAGGCUGGCUGUGUGAGGCUUUCUGUGCCACCCUCUAUCAGCAGGAAUCCAGCCAUGGUGAACGAGGGCAGCGGCAGCGGCAGUGGCAGCGAGAGCUCCAAGGACAGUUCGAGAUGUUCCACUCCCAGCCUGGACCCGGAGCGGCACGAGAGACUCCGGGAGAAGAUGAGGCGCAGAAUGGACUCUGGUGACAAGUGGUUCUCCCUGGAGUUCUUCCCUCCCCGGACUGCUGAGGGAGCUGUUAACCUCAUCUCAAGGUUUGACCGGAUGGCAGCAGGGGGCCCCCUCUUCCUAGACGUUACCUGGCACCCAGCUGGAGACCCUGGCUCAGACAAGGAGACCUCCUCCAUGAUGAUUGCCAGCACAGCAGUAAACUACUGUGGCUUGGAAACCAUCCUGCACAUGACCUGCUGCCAGCAGCGCCAGGAGGAGAUUACAGGCCAUCUGCACAAAGCCAAGCAGCUUGGCCUGAAGAACAUAAUGGCACUGAGGGGAGACCCUGUAGGUGACCACUGGGAAACAGAGGAAGGAGGCUUCGACUACGCCGCAGACCUGGUGAAGCACAUCCGCAGCGAGUUUGGCGACUACUUUGACAUCUGUGUGGCAGGUUACCCCAAAGGCCACCCCGAGGCAGAGAGCUUUGAAGAGGACCUGAAGCACUUGAAAGAGAAGGUAUCUGCAGGCGCUGACUUCAUCAUCUCCCAGCUCUUCUUUGAGACCAACACCUUCCUCCGUUUUGUGAAGGCCUGCACAGAAAUAGGCAUCUCCUGCCCCAUCCUGCCCGGGAUCUUCCCUAUACAGGGCUACUCUUCCCUUCGGCAGCUUGUAAAACUGUCCAAGCUGGAGGUACCACAGAAGAUCAAGGACGUAAUUGAGCCAAUCAAAGACAAUGAUGCUGCCAUCCGCAACUAUGGCAUUGAGCUGGCUGUGAGCUUGUGCCGGGAGCUGCUGGACAGUGGCUUGGUGCCAGGCCUCCACUUCUAUACCCUCAACCGUGAGGUGGCCACCACAGAAGUGCUGAAGCAACUGGGCAUGUGGACUGAGGACCCCAGGCGCCCCCUGCCCUGGGCAGUCAGUGCACAUCCCAAGCGCCGGGAGGAAUGUGUGCGCCCCAUCUUCUGGUCCUCCAGACCAAAAAGCUACAUCUACCGCACACAGGAUUGGGACGAGUUUCCCAAUGGCCGCUGGGGUAAUUCCUCCUCGCCAGCCUUUGGGGAGCUGAAGGACUACUACCUCUUCUACCUGAAAAGCAAGUCCCCCAGGGAAGAGCUGUUGAAGAUGUGGGGUGAGGAGCUCACCAGUGAAGAAAGCGUCUUCAAAGUCUUUGAACUUUACCUCUCAGGAGAGCCAAACCAGCAUGGCUACACAGUAACCUGCUUGCCCUGGAAUGAUGAUCCCCUGGCAGCGGAAACCAGCCUGAUGAAGGAAGAGCUGCUGCGCGUGAACAGGCUGGGCAUCCUCACCAUCAACUCACAGCCCAACAUCAAUGGGAAGCCGUCCUCUGACCCUAUUGUGGGCUGGGGCCCCAGUGGGGGCUACGUCUUCCAGAAGGCCUACUUAGAGUUCUUCACCUCCCGGGAGAUAGUGGAGGCCCUCCUGCAGGUGCUGAAGAAGUAUGAGCUCCGGGUCAACUUCCACAUUGUGGACGUGCAGGGAAAGAACAUCACUAAUGCCCCCGAGCUGCAGCCCAAUGCUGUCACGUGGGGGAUCUUCCCUGGUCGAGAGGUCAUCCAGCCUACUGUGGUGGAUCCCAUCAGCUUUAUGUUUUGGAAGGACGAGGCCUUCGCCCUGUGGAUUGAGCAGUGGGGCAAACUGUAUGAGGAGGAGUCCCCGUCCCGCAUGAUCAUCCAGUACAUCCACGACAACUACUUCCUGGUCAACCUGGUGGACAACGAGUUCCUGCUGGACAACUGCCUAUGGCAGGUGGUAGAAGACACAUUCGAGCUGCUCAACAGGCACACCACGACGGGAGAAGCACAGGCCCCAUAAGCCUCCUGGAGCCUCCUCUCCCUCAACUCUCCACACAUGGUAAUGACUGC